AAAUCUCGAACAAUAACAUUUCACCGCUCAAUUCACCGAUCAUCCCCGGUCGGUCGGCAGAGCGACGCGGUAAACAAAUUAUUGGCUGCCCCCCCGGGCUUGUACGCUGGAGCCGCAAUCAAUUGACGAACGCCCCCCCGAAAACCCAUCGCAAACACCCUCAAAGACGGGCCUCGAAUGCUGAUACUCCUCUCUUUCACCGCAGUUCCCACCGCGAUUUCUCGAUUACGUUAGCGAUACCCCCGGAGUCUUAGCCCACAAUGUCGGUCAAGUUCGAGAAGGAGACGAUAAAGAAGGGUGUGGAGGAGGUCAAGAAGGGCCUCAUCGGAGAGCCUCUGCCCGGCACCAGCGGCAAGCACCCCAUCUCCGAGGCCAUCGGCACCGCCGUCACCGGCGGCAAGAAGAAUGCCGGAACCAAGGGCUAUCUUGCGGCCUACAUCAGGGAGCUUGAGAAGAACCCUCUGCGCACCAAGAUGCUCACAUCGGGCACUCUCGCUGGCGCUCAGGAACUGAUCGCAUCCUUCCUCGCCAAGGACCGCAACAAGCAUGGCGACUACUUCACCUCGCGCGUGCCCAAGAUGGCUGCUUACGGCGCCCUCGUCAGUGCCCCUCUCGGCCACUUCCUCAUCUGGGCCCUUCAGAAGACCUUUGCCGGCCGCACCAGCCUGCGCGCCAAGAUCUUGCAGAUUAUUGUCAGCAACUUGAUUAUUGCGCCCAUCCAAAAUUCCGUCUACCUUACCGCGAUGGCUCUCAUUGCUGGUGCUAAGACGUACCACCAGGUCCGUGCGACUGUCAGGGUUGGAUUCUGGAAGGUCAUGAAGGUCAGCUGGAUCACAUCUCCGCUCUGCCUGGCCUUUGCCCAGAAGUUUCUCCCUGAUCAACUCUGGGUUCCGUUCUUCAACCUGGUUGCCUUCGUCAUCGGCACCUACAUCAACACCAUCACCAAGAAGAAGCGCCUUGCGGCUCUGCGAAAGAAGCACUUCGGUGACGGCCGUUCUCCCUCCAUGGGAGGCCGCCCUGAGGACUACCCGGGCCCCAAGGACUACCCUGGCCCGAUGGGAGGUCCGAUUGGAGGUCCCAACCCCGCUUACUAAAUGACUCUGCUAUGGUGAGAUGGUUAAGAUGAUGUCGAUAUAACGCCCACUUGAUGAGAAACCCGGUAAACAUCUAAUGCGAAAAUAAGCCCAGCCCUUUGGGGCGGCUUUCUGGAGUUGAGAGGCGUGGAG